CUCUCUAUCAAUUGUUUGUUUUUAUACCGCACCUGAAAAAAAGAAAAGUAGCUAUCUUUAUGCUUAGUCACCACACACUACUCUCAAUCACGCGAAAAUCCAUUCUUCCAUUGCAGUCUCUCUGUGCAAAAAAUCUUUCUGUUUCUCUCUCACUUUUGCUUCUUUCUUGCCUCAUUUCUCUGUAGCUGCUGCUCGCUUUGUCUUCUUAUUUAUAUUUCUUUGCCCAGGUUCAGGUCAUGUAACUGUGUCUGUAUCCCCAUUUACAUAUCUUCUUCUCUGCUGUUUUCAAAGUUCUCGUCUUUGUAGCUCUAAAGGGUCUCUUUUCAAUAAUGUAAUAGUGAUUAAAGUGUUGUUCUUGGUUCUCUUUUCCUUUCUUUCUUUUGGAUUAAUGCCCAUGUGUUUAAAAGUGUCAAAAGUAUAAUCUUUGCUUUGACUUCAAUCAUGGGUUCUCGUUAAAUUGUCUUUUGAAGGCAUCUCCUUGGGUUCUUGAGGUUUUUUCUGAGUUCUGUUAAUGCCCAUUUGGUUCAAAUUGUUCUUCAACUAUUGAAAAUGAUGUUUGUGACAAUGGUUUCUCGUUAAUUUUGUGGUUUCUUCUCUUUGCUUCGCUGUACUCUUGAGCUUGACCAGUAAAAUUUGACCCUUCGUUUUUAGGAUUUUAAACUGUAACAUGUAAUUUGAGUCAAUAUACUUCGUGUUCUUUUAUGUCAGUGUGGAUUUUGGCGGGACUUAAUUAGUUAAUGAGUAGCAAUCUUUUCUUGAUAAUGAAGUAAAAAAAGUACCAGUGUCAAUGGAUCUUAAUUUCAUUGAAGUCAAACGCUAAUAAUAAGAUCCCAGUACAUGGAUAGCAUCUUCUCUUUCCGGUAAUUUAGACUUCUAUUUCAUCAUGGAUUCUGUUCGCUAACAUCCUUGAUUCUUUGACUGAUACAUGGGAAUGUAAUUGAUUUGAUUCAUUGCUAACUGAUUCUUUUUCCAUUUACAAGCAAAUAUACCAAAAGCAUUCUUUUUAAAUUCUCUGAAAUGUAAAAUUCUUCAAUUCUAUACAUUUCACAUACAGAGUUUUGUACUACUAAAAAUGAUUAGUUCAGGGUAAUAUUCCUGUUCUUCUGUCUAAAGAAUCUCAAAAUUACCUUCAACCAUGCAAGUUUAGUUACCAUAUUGGCCUCUCGAGUACUUAAAGUCCAAGUUAGUAUUGUGUGUUUUAUCUUAGUUUUUUGUUGAACAAGAACAUCAAAGAUAUAUAUAAUUCUUUUUAUUCACCAAAACUUUGAGCCAUCAUGGAGGAGACAUUUGUUCCCUUCCGUGGAAUAAAAAAUGAUCUCAAAGGAAGGCUUUUGUGCUACAAGCAAGAUUGGACUGGUAGUCUCCGUGCGGGUAUCAGGAUUCUUGCUCCAACAACAUAUAUAUUCUUUGCUUCAGCAAUUCCAGUCAUAUCCUUUGGAGAACAACUUGAGAGAAAUACUGAUGGAAGUUUGACUGCAGUGCAAACUCUUGCAUCCACAGCACUUUGUGGCAUCAUACAUUCAAUUUUUGGAGGACAGCCCCUACUCAUACUUGGGGUCGCGGAGCCAACAGUCUUAAUGUAUACAUUUAUGUUCGACUUUGCAAAGGACAGGAAGGAUUUGGGGCCAAAUCUCUUCUUAGCCUGGACAGGAUGGGUUUGUGUGUGGACUGCCUUGUUGCUUUUCUUGCUGGCAAUAUUGGGUGCCUGCUCUAUAAUCAACAGAUUUACACGCAUUGCUGGUGAAUUGUUUGGUUUACUUAUUGCAAUGCUUUUCAUGCAGCAGGCCAUAAGAGGAGUUGUGGAGGAGUUUGGCAUACCCCAGAGAGAAAAUCCUAAUCAGAUUGCUCUCCAACCUUCUUGGCGGUUUGGCAAUGGAAUGUUUGCUCUGGUUUUGUCCUUUGGCCUUCUUUGGACUGCGCUAAGGAGCCGUACUGCUAGGUCCUGGCGCUAUGGGACAGGUUGGCUACGAGGACUUAUCGCAGAUUAUGGAGUUCCAUUAAUGGUGCUUGUAUGGACUGCAAUAUCUUACAUACCAGUUAACGAUGUUCCAAGAGGGAUUCCAAGGCGACUUUUCAGCCCAAAUCCAUGGUCUCCUGGUGCAUACUCAAAUUGGACUGUCAUUAAGGAAAUGACUAGUGUGCCUCCUUUUUAUAUUGUUGGAGCAUUUGUUCCUGCAACCAUGAUUGCGGUCCUUUACUACUUUGAUCACAGUGUUGCAUCUCAACUUGCCCAACAAAAGGAAUUCAAUUUGAAGAAGCCAUCUUCCUAUCAUUAUGACCUUCUGCUUUUGGGAUUUUUGGUCAUUUUAUGUGGUCUCAUUGGUAUUCCCCCUUCAAAUGGUGUGAUUCCACAAUCUCCAAUGCAUACAAAAAGCUUAGCCACCUUGAAGCAUCAGCUUUUGCGAAAUAAGCUGGUGUCAACAGUCCGAAACAGUAUUCGCAAAAAUGCAAAUCUGGGUCAAUUGUACCAAAACAUGCAAGAAGCGUACAAUGAAAUGCAAACUCCUUUAGUCUAUCAAUUGCCAUCUGCCCUGGGACUGAAAGAGCUGAAAGAAUCAACCGUUCAACGGGUCUCAAGUACCGGCUAUAUUGAUGCCCCUGUGGAUGAAACUGUUUUUGACAUUGAUAAAGAUGUAGAUGAUCUUUUACCAGUUGAAGUCAAAGAACAACGCCUCAGCAAUCUGCUUCAGGCAUUGAUGGUUGGUGGUUGUGUUGCUGCUAUGCCUCUCCUGAAGAAGAUCCCAACUUCAGUUCUUUGGGGAUAUUUUGCUUUUAUGGCCAUUGAGAGCUUACCAGGAAAUCAGUUUUGGGAGAGGAUAUUAUUGCUUUUUACUGCUCCAAGUCGACGAUACAAGGUGUUGGAGACAUGCCAUUUAACUUUUAUUGAGACAGUACCCUUCAAAACAAUUGCCAUCUUCACCUUGUUCCAGACAACUUAUUUGCUUGUGUGCUUUGGCAUAACAUGGAUCCCAAUAGCUGGGGUCCUAUUCCCACUAUUAAUCAUGCUUCUAGUUCCGGUAAGGCAGUAUUUGCUUCCCAAAUUUUUCAAAGGAGUCCAUCUUCAAGAACUGGAUGCUGCGGAGUAUGAGGAAGCUCCUGCUGUAUCUUACAAUAUGACAUUUGAAGAUCAGGAUUCUCAAGCAAGAGCAUCUAAUACUGAUGGAGGAGAAAUUCUGGAUGAAAUGAUCACGAGAAGCCGUGGUGAAUUCCGCCGUACACAAAGUCCUAAAGUGACAAGUUCAACUCCAAGUUCAUUACACGAUAUAAAACCUGCAUAUAGUCCACGUGCAUCAAAAAGGGCAUACAGUCCACGUGUUAGUGAACUGAAAGCAGAUCGGAGCCCCCGGUUUACUGGGAGUGGAGUUGAAAUAAAGCAAACACCCAGUCCACGGCCAUCUAAGCUUGGUCAUCAUGGUUCAUCUUCAACCUAAAGGCUCUAAUACAUAAUGCUGGCGAGUUAGUUGUCAUUGUCAAAUGUGCUCGAGAGGUCUUUAAUAUGUAACUAAGUGUUAUAUGGUGUGCAUUUUUAUUCUUCUUGGUUCUAACAAUAGAACGUUUGUCAAUAUUAUUGUCAUGUAUUUCUCAGAUAGUCUGGGCGGACACAUUCAUGAUGAGAAUAUGUGCAUUUUACUAUAUUUAUUUUCUUGGCUA